UCGGCUCGGCACGGCGGGGUUCGGCACGGCUCGGCUCGGCACGGCUGGCACGGCUGCCUGGCAGCGCGCUCCCCGCAGCCGCAGGGCUCGCCCUCCCUCUCCGAAUCUUGGAUAGAGCUGGGAUUAAUUCGAGCUCUCUUGCCUGAAAGAGAUGUUGUUCCRUUUAAAAUUCCCAAUCCCGAAGGCAUAUUGGAGUUUGGUUCUAGGGAUGGCGCCCGUGGUGCCCGAGGCCGCCCCGGCCCGUCGGUGAGGUGCCCCCCAGCGCCACCCCCGAGCCCCCUGCCCAGAGCACRAUGAACAAGCUGCCCUUCCACAACAACAGAGUCAUGCAGGACCGGCGCAGCGUGUGCAUCUUCCUCCCCAACGACGACUCCCUCAACAUCAUCAUCAACGUGAAAAUUUUGUGCCAAGAGUUGCUGGUGCAGGUGUGUGACCUCCUGAGGCUGAAGGAUUGUCACCUCUUYGGGCUCAGCGUCAUCCAGAACAAUGAGCACGUGUACAUGGACCUGGCCCAGAAACUCUACAAGUACUGCCCCAAGGAGUGGAAGAAGGAGGCCAGCAAGGGGAUCGACCAGUUCGGGCCCCCGAUGAUCAUCCACUUCCGAGUGCAGUACUACGUGGAGAACGGGAGGCUCAUCAGGUGGGGUGUGCCAGCCUGCAGGGGCACCUUCYAGGGAUGGGAGUGCACCCUCGGGGUGCUGUGGGGUGCUUGUGUGCUGAGGGAAGAAGCCUAUUUCCUGCUCACUGCCUUCGCCCUGCAAGCCGAUCUGGGAGAUUUCAAGCGGAACAAGCACUACGGGAAAUACUUCGAUCCUGAGGCGUAUUUCCCUGCCUGGGUGGUGGCCAAGAGGGGCAAGGAUUACAUCCUGAAGCACGUGCCCAACAUGCACAAGGACCAGUUUGCCCUGACAGCUUCRGAAGCCCACCUCAAAUACAUCAAGGAGGCCGUCAGGCUGGACGACGUGGCCGUGCACUACUACAGGCUCUACAAGGACAAAAGGGAAGUGGAGGCCUCCCUGACGCUGGGGCUGACGACACGGGGCAUCCAGAUUUUCCAGAACUUGGAUGARGAGAAGCAGCUGCUCUACGACUUCCCGUGGACAAACGUGGGGAAACUGGUGUUUGUGGGCAAGAAGUUCGAGAUCCUGCCGGAYGGGCUGCCCUCGGCCCGCAAGCUCAUCUACUACACGGGCUGCCCGCUGCGCUCGCGCCACCUCCUGCAGCUGCUGAGCAGCAGCCACCGGCUCUACAUGAACCUGCAGCCCGUGCUGCGCCAGGUGCGCCGGCUCGAGGAGAACGAGGAGAAAAAGCAAUACCGGGAAUCCUACAUCAGCGACACGCUGGACCUGGACAUGGAGCAGCUGGAGAAGCGCUCUCGYGCCAGCGGCAGCAGCGCCGGCAGCGUCCGGCACAAGCGGCUGUCGCGGCACUCCACGGCCUCACACAGCAGCUCCCACACGUCCGGCAUCGAGGCCGACCCCAAACCCCGCGAGAUGGGACCUGAGGACGGCUUCUCUGGAGCCACCACCCACCGCAAGCUCAAGACGUGCAGCUCCAUGACCAGCCACGGCAGCUCGCACACCUCGGGCGUGGAGAGCGGCGGCAAGGACCGGCUGGAGGAGGAUUCCCAGGAUGACGAGAUUGAGAUGCUGGUGGAUGACCCGCGGGAGCUGGAGCAGGCGGGGGAGAUGGAGGUGAGCCCCGACAUGUGCGUCUACAUCACCGAGGACAUGCUGCUGUCCCGCAAGUUCAACGGGCACUCGGGGCUCAUCGUGAAGGAGAUCAGCUCCUCCACCUCCAGCUCCUCAGAGACKGUGGUGAAGCUGCGUGGGCAGAGCACCGACUCCUUACCCCAGACCACGUGCAGGAAACCCAAGACAUCAACAGACCGGCACAGCCUGAGCCUGGACGACAUCCGGCUCUACCAGAAGGACUUUUUGCAGUUGGCCAACCUGUGCCAGGACACGGCUCAGAGCUUCACCUUUGGCUGCGCCCACGGCCUGGAYGAGGACGGGCUCUACUGCAACGGCUGCCUGGCCCAGCAGUGCAUCAACAUCCAGGACACCUUCCCUGUGAAAAGAACCAGCAAAUAUUUCUCCUUGGAUCUCACCCACGACGAAGUCCCCGAGUUCGUGGUGUGAGCGCCGGGGAGGUUCCGACACCGCCUUUCCCCCCGCAGAGCGUGGAGGUGGAGGAUUGUCCGGAUGAGGGGCGGGAUGGGGAUUUCUCUGGCCACGGGGUCGAUUUCAGGAGGAGUUUGUGCCAAACCGAGUUGUUUUACCACGACUGGGAGGAGCCUCGCCCGUGUUUUUUGUGUGGCCUCUCUCCCCCUCCUUGCCCCGAGAUGACUCUUGACUGUCCUGUUCAAGCCAAGCCAAAGAAAUGUAAAUAACCCUAAAGGCCAGUAUGGGAAGGGAGAAUGAAGCAAUAACCAGCCGUGGAGGAAGGCACAGCCAGCAGCUCCUGGGGCAGAGCAUCAUCCCAGUUUUCCCAAAAACACGUGCUGGAGGUCAGGCCACAGCAGUGCCAGCCAGGUGGAUGGUGGCUGGGAGCUCUCAGAGCCAUUUGCAACUCGUUUUCAUCUUUUCUUUUCUUUUAAGUUUUUGUUUUUUUUGGGAGCGCAAAACCCCACAACCAAAAAAAAACCAAAAAAC